AUGGAGAACGGCGCACAAAAUGGCAUAGCUCCUACCAACCACGACAGAGACUUCUCGAGGCUCAAUGGCGUUAACGGCGCAUCGCCUCUCAGUCGAAAUCCUUCCCCCGAGAAGAAGAAACCAGCUGCAGAAAAGGACCAGACCAAGCCGGCGGCUAUGAACGGCGACGGCGGCAGCGCCGCGCCCACCGCGGACCGGCAAAAGGAUCCACUCGACGGCGAGGCUCCUGAAGAGAGACGGGCUCGCAUGAACGACCUUCCGGACGAGAUCCAGCACAUCACCGAUAACUUUGUACCACUCAGUUUUCUGCUGUCGCGGCUUGCGCAGAGGUCACAUAAUGCUCUGCAGGAGAAAAUCAUCGAGAUGGCGCAAAAGCCUAUGCCGGCCGCCGCCUUGAAUGGCACCACCGAGACCUAUGCUCUCGAUAACGACGAGUCUGCGGCUAACCUGGAGAAGAAGAGGGCGUUCCUGAACUUCGUACAAAACGAACAUAGUAACUGGGUCAAGGCGUUGGUUAUAAUCGAGUGGAGUAAGAAAGCAGAACAGGUCAGCAAGCUGAUCGACCUGAAGGGAUAUUUGAUGGGCCAAAUGCAGACACACGACAACGCCUUGUCGAACAUGAUGGACCUGAAGAGGAACUUGACUUUUGCGAGACUGCCAAGCCCGGAUCUAAAGACUGCUCUUCAAGUACUUUCAGAUGGCGACGUACCGUGGUUAGCCGAUCUAGACUACAUAGCGCCGCCCCCGAUCGACCCGAAGGAGCAACUGAAAUGGAUGGACAACAUCAACACGCUCUUGUCCUUGCGGCUGAACCUGGAAGAUCACGACACCAUACCCUAUUUCUUCAGAGACUACAGCAUCGCUUCUGGCCGGGUAACUUUCAGAGUGAAGGGCGAGUUUGAGGUGGAUCUGACCAUCGCCGACGAGGACUUUGAGAAACAACUAUGGUUUCUCGAUUUUCGAUUCUGCUUCUCACCGGCCCCUUCCGAGCCUUCCGAGGCCCUUCGGUCCUUCUUAGAGGGGAAAGUUAACGACGUCCUUGGCUCAGAAGGCUUACCGGGCUGCUACAAAUUUCUACACGAGUACGUCCUAACUCACAAGAUCAACGAGCUCAAGCGGCAAGCUCUCGAGCUACGGCAAGGACGGUGGAUCGACACACUCAAGGUUGAGCCCCUGAAUCGUGCUCUUGCGAUCCAGUACUGGGCCUCUAAGCCUCGCGACAACCUCAAGAGCUGGAUCAUAAUUGGCGUCCACAGCGGGAAAACCGCCGGCCGCGACGCAGAUGAGAGGACAACGAGCCGACUAAGCAUAAGGUGGUUCAGAGACAAUGUGGAGGUAAAAAAUGCAGACAUACCAUUCGAUACCGAGAAGAUCUCGGCGGAGAGUCUGCUUAAGGCCGUCAUUGCCAGGCAUACCGAGCACAUUCUGUCCACGAUACACGACAGGCUGUCAAUCAAGCCUCGUUUUGCGCAGCGACAAGCAGCCUUGCGUUUGCACAUCUCUCGGACGGAGCCGAUGGACUCGUUCUUGGAGGUGCAGAUGACUUAUCAGGACCAGGCUAUCGCGAGAAUAGACCCUAUUACAGGCUCCUUUGCCCUGGGGCCUCAUUCUCGCAUAGUUGCCCAAGGCGAACACCGCCUGAAUCUCAGCGGGAAGGAUCCUGCCGAGGAUGGAGUCAAUGCGCUCGAUGGUAUCCGAUGUCUGUUCGCUACUGAGGAACUCAAUCGGCGUGCCAAGAGCUUCGGUUGGAUCGCCACCCGCAGCCCCGUUAAGCCAGAUGCACUGCGACCAAUAGUCAACACUCGUGAGAACUACCAAGCUGUCUGGUACAAGAGGCAGGAUUGGGACUCGAAGUGGCACAUCAUGGUCAGUCUGAGUUUGAGCGGGGACAGGUGGUGGUUGAUUGAGUUGGUGAACAGCCAAUCAGGACCAGCCGUAGGGUUCUAUGUGCCCCUGCCGCAGAACCCGGCACAGCCAAAUCUUCAAGAUCCCUUCUUCAGCAACUUCAACGCCUUCGUCUCAGGGAUCAUAUCUCAGAUCAGCGACAUGCGCGAUCUGAGAGCGAAGCGCAUCAAGAACUUCCAAAGUGCGGCCAAUAACCCCUAUUUGACAACCAAGUCGCGCUUCCCGGUGAUACAUGUUAGCUUGGCCGAGCUGUUGUCCUACAGGACAAGUUCCUCAGACCCUCUGGGUCGGCAUCCGUGGGCGUUGAAUUCGGUGCGGAUACUCUUCAAGGGCAUCAGUGCCGAUGCGUCUGCCGCUCGCAGCGGCAAGUCGAGCUUGCAGCGCAAUACAGGCAUCACGGAGGCCAGGCUCGUUGUCACUGACCGCAAGAAGUUCAGCCUCCUGCAGGGCAAGGUGGACCACGAUGUCGCCUUCAACCACCGCACUGGCGAGUUUUGUCUGACACUUCGAUCAGAGAUCGGCAAGUCCGUCAUUGACAUGCUCAUUGUCCGGUUGCAAUCUAUAGUCCGAUUGGUAGACUUCCUGGACAAUGUUCAGAAGGGCAGCCAAGGCAUCGAGUGCGAGUCCGUCACAUUACGCCAGGUUGUCUUCACAUAUGGAGCGCCAGCGCAAGCAAAUGAUUCCGGAACCGCGGCAGCCAAACGAUGGCGUGUUGUACUCGACCUGGCUGCCGAGGACGGCAUCCGGAUUGAAUUGGAGAAGGGCAACCCGCACCUGCGCAUAUACGACUUCCUGGUGCAAGUCGUCAACGACCCGCAGACUUUUGGCUAUCUCCCGUCCGUUCUAUCCGCCACUCUUCCCCUACUCACCGCGCUGGACAAGAUCGACGACGCCUGGAGACCGAUCGAUGCCAACGGAGAUGGCUCCUUCGCCGUCUUCCCUCGCUCGGUGAACUGGAUGGGUCUCCGUUACCGGCUUCCAUCGCCGCAGAUUACUCAGAAGCGCCAGCUCGACCUGUCUCUGCGCCUCCGCAUGCGUAGAUCAACCACCUGGUGGUCCGUAGAGCGGCGCAGAACCGCCGCCCAGCUCUCUAGCGGCGCGGGCGACGAGUUUGACAACGCUCUCAAGAAGGUCUGGGGUGGCAGCGGUCCACGCUGGACGGGCCUCAAUACGGCCGCGGCUGCUCGGCCAGAGGACGGCAUCGGGCCGUUGCUCGACGCGGUCGAUGAGGCUGUCCGGGCUCUGGUGGGGACGGCACCUCCUCCUCCGCCGGUGGCGGCUACCGCACAGCCGCAGCAGCAGGCAGGGCCGGCCCCCAAGAAGCAGCAGUCGAGGCCGAGCAAGGCUGCACAUGCGCGCCCUCCUGAGCCCCAGCCGGACGUUGUUGAUCUGACGUGA